AUGAACUUCCCAACGUAUCGACUUUCCCAUACCUUUGUAUAUAUACAGACAGGUAUAUUUACAUAUCAUUUGAUACAAUAGUUGAUCAGAAUUCGAGCCAACAGAAAAACGAGCCACGUUUUCCCCCCUGUCCCACGCUUUCUUUUCGAUCCUUCGAUAAUGGGAUUUUAUUUUGGAAAUACGUAUCUUCGUCGAGUAUUAACUUUUGCCCCGCUGGGCAACGAAACGAAACGAAGGGAACUCAAAGGGAGAACGCCUUCUUUUUUUCUUCUUCUUCUUCUUCUUCUUUUCCUUUUCUCGUUGUUUCUCUCCUUCUGGUCAACCAACUAAUUAAUUCUAAUAAAAGUGGCCCAAGUUCGAUCGCCUGAAAUUCGUCCCGCCUCUUUCGCGUGCGCCCACUUGUAAUCUUGUAAAUAUAAUGUAAAUAUGCAUAGAUGUGUAUUGUACGGUGUACGGGGGCGCUUGGUACACACAUAUUUUUCUAAUCAAUGGUGGAUGGCAGGUGCCGGCCAUCUCGCUAGCUUACGAGGCACCGGAGUCGGACAUUAUGAAACGGCAGCCCCGCGAUCCUUACAGAGACAAUCUUGUCAACCGAAGGUGGGUCUCCCAACUACCCACCAGAGAAACCAAUACUAUACUUAGCGAAAAAUCCAUGCACUCAUAA